CUUUUACUCGAUGAACAUCAACCAAACCCCUAUCUGUGAUUCAAUCUCCGGUAUCUCAAGUCACAACUCUCCCAUGGCAGAAAAUGGUGAAAAAUCGGAAGUCAGAGAUUCACCAUCAGUUCCAGCAUCUUAUCUGGAGGUAAGUUGCAGAAGUUCAAGCAAGAUUAGAAGGUUUUCUUCGGGUACGGAGGCCGGAUUUGCAUUGAAUUUGAUCAACAGAAAGCUUGAUGAAGGAUUGCCGCAGGCAUUGUAUAUAGAAGCAGUUAAAGAAGAGGAAGAGCCAAUCAGUUUCGGUCCUAAUUCAGUUCUUGUAUCUUACGGCCAUGGAUGGAAGCUGCGGACAGUUACUGAAACCGAAGGAGGUCCAAGAGCUAGAACAAGAACCAGAAGAACAUCAAACCGAGAAUCAUCUUCACCGGGAUUUGAUGAUAUGCAAUCAACAAAAGGACUAUUACCAUCUGUUAUAGCCAACACCUCGGGUUCGAGCUCAUUUACAAGGCAAACUCAGUCCUCAUAG